AUGUGGAAGCUUAAAAGUAAACUGAAACGAAAAUUCCGCUCAUCCAAGAUAGAUUGUAAUAGCAAUCAUGUAGAUUACGAUGUGCCCUCGUUUGAAUCCGAAAGUCCUGCAAGACCCGCAUCGGAACAAUCCGAUACAUCAGUGGGUGUCCCGGGAAAUAGCGGUUACCAUAGACACACCCGUAGUUGCUGUAGCGCGCCGGCUGUGGGACGUGGCACCGGUGGUGGUAGCGCCAGCAGCGAUAAUUCAUCCCUUUUCAGUUAUAACUGCUGCUAUAAUUACAAUUUUCACAUCAAUUACAAUGUGCACCAUCGGCUGCCGCACCAUUUGGAACAUCAUCACCACAAUCACCAUAAUCCCGUUCACCACGGAAACCGACGGGAAGGGACGGACGAUACUGAUGGAACACCGUUCGGGAGUACGAGCUGUAUGACCGGCUUGGGGUCGGAAAGUUCAGCAGAAUUGUCCCGAAAAGCCCGUUCAAUGUCCACCGUCCAUCGACAGCAACGGAAUCGAACCGGAUCCAACGCAUCUUCGGCGAAAGUUUCUUCUGAACCGGAUGUCGGUAACAAAAGAAAGUUGGCGAGUGAAAAUAAGACAGCUACACGGUGCCUAUCGACCAGUGACCUUUCCUCGUACAAGAGCCGUUCCGAGCAAAGGUCGUACAAUGGAGAAACAGGGAGAAAAGGCAAAGCACCGUCUGACUCACGAGUGCGGCCACGUUCGGCAUCCCAGCGAGGCAGGGCCGAUUCUAACGAAAAUACCGGUACGGACUCGGUUUCUGGCGAUUUUCAUGCAAUCUGCCGUCGGUUACAUGCAGUCUCACUUCAACGGGAAUCCACUCCUCCCACCGAUCCUAUUGCAAGUCGGACUGAUCUUACAGAUCAUGAUCGACGCAUUCUGCACUGCAUGGUUCUCAAGCGCAUCAAGGAGCUAGACCAGCUGGAAGAAGCGGUCCUUGCGAAGCAGUGCUGGGAACAGGAGAAGGUGUUCCGCAAGUCAUUGCUUGAUCAACAGGAACGUAACUACCGGAAAGCAAUCCGGCAAAAGCGUUCGAUCGAGAUGAUCGAGGUGCGGAAUCGAAAACAACGGCUAGCCCGUCUCGAACAGCAGCAGAUCGAAAAGAUACAGGACGAAAUCAAUGAAAAGGAUCUGCGGUCGGCAAGUUUGCUGAAGAACAUCGAAAUAAAGAAGGGUAUCCGGGAAUGCGAACGUAGAAGCCGGGAACUGAAACGCCUUGAAGACGCAACGGUAAACCAGGAAGAGAAGGUGCUCGAUCGGGAUAUCUGGCGACAGUCGCUGGUGGAAACGCUUGAGGAGCGUGCCAACCGAGCGGAGGGUCUGCGGCGCAAAGUGAUGGACGUGUACCGGCGGCGGCUGAAAAUCGACAAUCAGCUCGAACGGAAGAUGCACGCACACAAUCUGAAACAAACACUCGAACAGGAGCGCUACAAGCUGUCGCUGUUAAAGGAACGUAUCCUGGUGCGUGAGAGCCGAUUUCAAAAGUUCAAAGAUAGCAAGAAGCGCAUCUUCGAUCAGCUAAAGAAUCGAGCAAAAACGACGGCAGCGCUCCGGGACAUGGUGCGGCAUACGAUCGGUCCUGGCAACUCAGCAGUGGUUUCAGUGUCGUCUAGCAACACCCGGCCAGGGUCGGUUCAGCAGCAACGGUGUGGUUCUUCCGCUCGCUCUGCCGGUUCAAUUGCCAUAGAUGCUGUCCCGCAGAGGUUGCUGGAUGUUGUACGUAUUAAGUAA